GUAAGAAGGUGUUAGUGAUUAACCCUUGCUGUCAAGUCCACACACACAAAGCAGCAGCAGCAGGGUCGGAGUGCGGACACAGUUGAACUUUGUUAAAACUUGCUGAUCAGUCACUUAUGAGCUACAAGCAAGAGGACAGAGUUUUGGGCUACAUUUGGUGCCAGCAGAAGUCAAAGGGCCCUACACAUACAUGUAUACUUCCGGAACCAGUGGAGACAUCGAGCAAUAUAUUUAAGAGAGCAGAACAUGGAUGCCUUUGAGGGAAUUCACAGUGUUCACAUUUCGUCCUCACCACCACCCUCAACCUCCAGUCCAGCCUACGAAGUCCUAAAGAGCAGGUCGGGAAUCGCUGUGUAUUCCUCUGCAGUGUUUUUUGGGACGCCUUCACGCUCUAAGAACUUGUCCAGCAGGAGGAGAGGUGCUGACGACCAAGGCUGUGUGGUAGGAAGGUUGGUAGAUCUGGAUCCAGAGCCCAAGUUGGGAGGAAGAGGCAAAGGUGAGCCCUCAUCAGGACUAGACCAUGAUGUCGACUCCUGCCUGCGUAGCUCUUCGCUGGAAAUCCGAGGGAAAAAAAUUUGUGAAAAGGGCUCGGAGAUCCUCAGUGAACAACUGGAUGCUGCAAAGAGGGAACUGAAACUCAAAGAUAAGGAGUGUGAGCGUUUGUCUCAGGUCAGGAAUCAGCUGGAACAAGAACUGGAGGAACUGACUGCAAGUCUGUUUGAGGAAGCUCACAAGAUGGUGCGUGAAGCAAAUGUCAAACAAGCAGCAUCAGAGAAACAACUGAAGGAGGCUCAAGGCAAGAUUGACGUCCUGCAAGCAGAAGUGACCGUGCUCAAGUCUAUGGUCUUGACGUCCACGCCAUCCUCUCCAAAUCCCCAGCUGCAUCCCCAGCUGCAGCUUCCAGUUGCCUGGGGGGCGCAUAAAAUGAUUGCAGGUCAAACUCGCAACAAGAGUGUGAACGGCAGUUACCCGUCCCCACCUGGAAGUUCUGAAACAUCAUCUGUUUCUCUUCAGACUAUUGUCAAAGAGGACAGCGAGAUAGAUUCAGUUCUCUUUGCCGAAUUCCUGAUGUGGAAGGAAAAGCCCAGCCUAGAUCGCUCGUCUGCCCUCAUGAGUCGGAUCUACAGAGAGGAAAUAACACCCUCCCUCUCCUUUACGCGCUCAGAGCUGUCCCAGCUUGUACAGAGUGCUGUGGAAAACAACUCUUUGACUAUUGAGCCUGUGGCCUUGUCAGCGUUACCAAUGGUUAAAGUCUCGGCAGUAGAGUGUGGAGGUCCUAAUGGCUGUAGGGCAGCAGUAGAGACAAAAUGUGCGUUAAGUGGCGUGUCACGACUGUGCAGACAUCGCAUUAAACUUGGCGACAAUGGGAGUUACUACUACAUCUCCCCCUCAAGUCGAGCACGGAUCACGGCAGUGUGCAAUUUUUUUACCUAUAUCCGCUACAUUCAGCAGGGCCUGAUCAGACACGAUGCGGAGCAGAUGUUCUGGGAGGUGAUGCGUCACCGAAGAGAAAUGACUGUGGCCAAGUUGGGUUUCUACCUUACGGAGCAGGGUUAGACACCCAGUGGACCAGCGUGAGGAGAUGACUACAACACAUCAGGCUUAAAAUGUGGUCAUUAAUCAGAGCUUUAGUGCUGGAGAGGUCAGUUGAAAAAAUGCCCCAUCACAAGAAGAAAAUAGAAGGAAAAAGUAGUUUUUAUUAUGCUCAAAGACUUACAUCAAUAUUGAGUCCAGCUUUACACUACAAGUUACUUUGUAAAUAUUACCUCGGAAGGUACAAUCAACACACAAACUCAGCCAUGAAAAUAUGUGCCAUGACCCAGCAUUGUCUGGAAUUUUGCAAGCUUGCACUUCCUGUUCUUGAUGCCUUGUUAAGAAGCAGCAGCUGCAGUCUCGUGUUGGCUCGCCCUAUUUAAUUGAUGAAAUGUUCCGUCCUCCACAGCUGUGCUGUGCUACUGACAUGUAUUGGAAACGCUUUAAUAAACCAGAGGAGUCACGUUCUGUACUUCUCAAAUCAACACUA